AUGCUUGAAGAAGAGGAUGAUGGUAAAGGUUGUAAAUUAAUUAUUGAUGUUAUCGUAUUUAGUGGUGGAAGCGUAUUAUUGUUGUUGUUGUUGGCGGUAGCAGCGGUGGUAUUAGCGAUUGUGCCAUUGUUAUUAGUAGCAGAAGCACUAUUUAUUGGUGUUAUCGAUGUUAACAACCUAGGCGGUGACGGCGACAGCGACAAAGUUGACGCUGUAUAA